GCCGAGAGAUGAGCCCCCGCCAGAGGAGGGGCCUGUGCUGGGAGCCAAACGCCGCAUUCCUCAGGCUCGGCUCAGAGCCCAGCGGGAGCCAGGGCGCAGCGCCCGGCCUCGGGCCACCGAGGGAGCCCCCUUGCACCAUGCGACCCUCGGGCCUGGCACCCCAAGGCGUGUCCGGACCGAGGACUCUGGGUCCGCCCUCCAGGGGGAGAAGGAGGCUGGCUCGAUGGUGAUUCCAGGAACCCGGGACCCUCUGGAUCCCGGAGCUGGGGGCCCACUGGAAUCCCAGAAGCCCGGAUCCUGCGAGGCCCAACCUCCCUGCUCCGCAUCCACGCCUCCCGCCAGGACCCAGAAAAUCUCUCCCGGUGUCCCCUGAGGACAGGCCCCUGGUCUUCGCCCUCGAAGCCCCUGAGACUGCGGUGCCCCUGCGCCGGUGCCAGCCCAGCCGCCACGCCUCGCCGGAUGGGGUGGUGACCGUCCCGCACCAUGUGGUCCAACAGCAGCGCCCUGGGGCCCUGCUUCCGGCCCACCAACACCACGCAGGAGGAGCGGCGUCUGGUGGCCUCGCCCUGGUUCGCUGCCUCCUUCUGUGUGGUGGGCCUGGCCUCCAACCUGCUGGCGCUGAGCGUGCUGGCCGGUGCCCGGCAGGGCAGCCCCUGCCCGCGGUCCUCCUUCCUGGCCCUCGUGGGCGGCCUGGUGCUCACGGACCUCCUGGGGCUGCUGAUCACCGGCACCGUGGUGGUGGCCCAGCACGCCGCGCUCUUCGACUGGCGCGCCGUGGACCCCGGCUGCCGCCUCUGCCACUUCAUGGGCGUGGCCAUGGUCUUCUUCGGCCUGUGCCCGCUGCUGCUGGGCGCCGCCAUGGCCUCCGAGCGCUACCUGGGCAUCACCCGGCCCUUCUCGCGCCCAGCAGCCGCCUCGCAGCGCCGCGCCUGGGCCACGGUGGGCCUGGUGUGGGCGGCGGCACUGGCGCUGGGGCUGCUGCCCCUGCUGGGCCUGGGCCGCUACACCGUGCAGUACCCGGGCUCCUGGUGCUUCCUCACACUGGGCGCCCAGCCAGGGGACGUGGCCUUCGGCCUGCUGUUCGCGCUGCUGGGCGGCCUGUCGGUCGGACUGUCCUUCCUGCUCAACACCAUCAGCGUGGCCACCCUGUGCCACGUCUACCAUGGGCAGGAGCCCGCCCAGCAGCGCCCGCGGGACUGCGAGGUGGAGAUGAUGGUCCAGCUCCUGGGCAUCAUGGUGGUGGCCAGUAUCUGCUGGACGCCACUGCUGGUCUUCAUCGCCCAGACGGUGCUGCAGGACCCGCCUGCCAUGAACCCGGCGGGGCAGCUGUCCCGGGCCACCGAGCAGCGGCUGCUCAUCUACCUGCGCGUGGCCACCUGGAACCAGAUCCUGGACCCCUGGGUCUACAUCCUGUUCCGCCGCGCCGUGCUGCGGCGCCUGCACCCGCGCCUCAGCGCCCGGCCCAGGUCGCUGUCCCUGCGGCCGCAGCCCGCCCGGGGGUCCAGGCUGCAGUAGGGCCUGCGCAGACCCGGGCCUGGCCCCCCGCGGACCCGUCCUCUCUCACCUGGAGCCGCCUCCCCGGAGCCCCACUCCCAGCCCCGACGAGGGAGGCGCGGGACGCUGCGCCCAGGACCUGCCGCGGCCGGGCGCUCCGGGGAACCCGCCCGCCAGGCUCUGCCUGGAAGCCGCCAGCGCCGUCGCCCCUUCUUGCCCAAAUACACCUGCGGCCCCGCUCUAGUCCCUUCGCUUCCGGAAGCAGCGGCCUGGGCAGGGGAGGGUACGGGGUCCCGCCUCGCAGGGCGAGGGAUGGAGGACCGGCUGCGCGCGCCUCAUGGACGGAGCGUGCGUGCGCCCAGCCCUUUAAACCCAGCUGGCGGCUGGGGAGAAGGGAGGGAGGGGCGUCGGCGGGACGCUGACCGAAGCAGGCCCGCAGGUGCUCCGCAACCAGGCAGGGCGGCCUCCCGCCCAGGAAGAGCCCAGGAGCGCGCGGCACACAGCGGGCGCGCCGCAGGCCUCGGCCUGAUGUCCGUCCAUUCCCAGCCCCACAGUGACACAGGCGGCUGCAGGGCGCCAGGGGCCUUUAUUGCCAGGAGCCCUGAGGUACCGAGGAGAGAGCGCCCGCCUUCCCGCCCCGCCUGGAUCUGCUUACACCUCCCCGAAACCAGGGCCCUGAAACCCAAGCCCCUGUUUCCAUCCUCCGCACCUGCUGGGAAAUGAGGUCACCUGCCUCAUCUGGGGGCCAGCUGGGAGGGACAGGAGCCAGGAAGAUGUCAUGGGCAAGCUACCAGUGGUGCGGGAGGGGCCCUGACUCCCUGAGCUUGGGGGAGGGGCACAGGGUGCCGGGACCCCAGGAGGUACCCCGGGGACAGGACUAGGAGUGGCAGAUAUGGUGGGUCGGGUCCCAACUGGGGCUUGGGGAAAAGGGCUGACUUCUAGGGGGCGAGGGAACUGGCGGCGGGCGGCAGGUGGGAGGUGGUGGCGCCCUGCUUGGGGCCAGGGCUGGCCUAGGUCCCUGUCCCAGAUGGCGGGGCUGAGGUGCAAG